AUGGAUAUUUCCAAAUUUUUGCCGGAGGAGUGCCUAGCCCACAUCAUCUCCUUGACAUCGCCGCAGGAUGCGUGCCGAUCUGCACUGGUCUCCCAUAACUUCCAAUCAGCUGCAGAUUCUGAUGCUGUGUGGAAAAGAUUUCUGCCGUCUAAUUAUCUUGAGAUCAUAUCCAGCACUACAGCCUCAUCAUACUCACAGCUAACUUCUUUAUCCAAGAAGGAACUUUAUUUCCAUCUUUGUAACAACCCCAUCCUUAUCAACAAUGGUAUGAUGAGCUUUGCACUAGAGAAGCAAAAUGGGAAAACAUGUUACAUGAUUGGAGCAAGAGGACUUUCAAUUAUGUGGGGACAUACACCUGACUAUUGGAACUGGAAAUCCUUACCAGACCAGUCUAGGUUCUCUGAGGUGGCUGUGCUCAGGGUGGUAUGGUGGCUUGAUAUCAAGUGGAGGAUAGAGGCUAAAAAUUUGUCUCCGAAAACAACCUAUGCAGCUUACCUUGUGUUCAAGUUUCCCAUUUUCAGACAUGGUUUUGAUAUGAGACCGGUCAAAUUGGGUGUCCAUUUGGAAGGAAGUGAAGUUGGUGUAACACGUAGCGUAUUGCUAGAUCCUCCAGCGAACAUGCAUCGAUGGCCUCUCGAAAGAGAAGAUGGGUGGAUGGAGAUUGAAAUGGGUGAGUUUUACAACGAUAAGGAAGGGGAUGGGAAUAUUGUUUGUAGUGUAUCAGAGGCUGAUAGUCACAACCCUAAACAUGGCAUCAUUAUUGAAGGAAUUGAGCUUAGGCCUAAAGAUGGUAAAUAA